AUGUGUGUGCCUGACAGAACCACAAACAAGAAUUCUACAGUGGUUCAACCUGUCUUAGGACUGACCUUGGGAAGCAUCUCAUUUGUCACAGUUGUCAUGAAUCUUUUGGUCCUGUAUGCAGUGAAAACAGAAAAGAAAUUGCAGACAGUUGGGAACCUUUAUAUUGUCAGCCUUUCCUGUGCGGAUGUUAUAGUUGGUGCAGCUGUCAUGCCACUAAACAUUGUGUACCUGUUGCAUGAUAAGUGGAUACUGACAAGAAAUGCUUGCCUGUUUUGGCUGUCAAUGGAUUAUGUGGCCAGCACAGCCUCCAUAUUCAGUCUCUUCAUACUCUGUAUAGAUCGCUACCGUUCUGUCCAACAGCCACUACAAUAUCUCAAGUACAGGACCAAAACUAGAGCCUCUAUCAUGAUUUCAGUAGCUUGGCUGCUCUCUUUUAUGUGGGUAAUCCCAAUUCUUGGCUGGCGUAACUUUACAAACCUGAGCAGCACAACUAUUAACAAUGGAACUGAUGAUGAAAAUAUAUGUGAAACAGAUUUUUGCAGAACCACGUGGUUUAAAGUCUUGACAGCCAUGAUCAACUUUUAUGUCCCAUCAUUACUGAUGCUGUGGUUCUAUCUACAAAUAUACAAGGCUGUCCGGAGGCAUUGUCGGCAUCGAGAACUCAUAAAAGGGUCAUUUAGAUCUGCCUCAGGAAAAACAGAUGUGCACAUUGGAACACUGCAAGAAAUGCAAAAUAUUUGUUCCCAAAAUGCAAGUAAAUAUAUAGGAUAUGUCCCUAACAAAAAUGACAACUUUGAUCAGAACAAAAGGACGGAGGUUAGACAUCUGUCAAGCAAUUUUGAUAAAAUCCCAAGGAGUUUUCUUAGAGGACGUGACCAUAAAGUAGGGAAGCUGAGCUGUUUCCCUCUAGCCAUAGUGCAGAAUAACAUAGAAAUAGUCAGUACAGAGAGGAAGUAUACCUGUGCCAGUGAAAGUAUUCAGAAUGCAGAAGGUCCUUGUCCCCAAGAUGAUGAAUUCAGCAAAACAUCAGAACAGCAGACUUUUGCAGAGAAACUUUCCACUGGACAUGAUUCUGAUCCCACUCUGGAGCAAAAUUCUUAUACUGAAGGGUGUUUCCCUCAAUAUACCAGUAGAAAAGACCCAGCAAGUCUCCGCUACUUGAAAAAGACAUGGGGGAGGCUGCGCACUUAUUCCAUUAGCCAAAAUCAAAGCUUGCAUGUCAACAGAGACAGAAAAGCAGCCAAACAGUUAGGCAUUAUAAUGGCAGCCUUUAUGCUGUGCUGGAUUCCAUAUUUUGUGUUAUUUAUGGUCAUGGCCUUUUGUGAAAGCUGUUACAAUCGCCCUGUUCACAUGUUUACUAUUUGGCUUGGCUAUGUGAAUUCCACAUUAAAUCCAUUUAUAUACCCAUUCUGUAAUGAGAAUUUCAAAAAAGCUUUCAAAAAUAUAUUUCAUAUUAAAAGCUAA